GGGAGCUAACUAGUAUUUACGUCAUAUCGUGCUCAACUCUUAUUACUCUUUUACGCUCUUUGAGAGUCUUGGCGGGAUUUCAGAAUGAUAUUUAGGCAAUUAUGAAGUAGCAGUACCGUCUGUGUACCAUAGUUACACAAUGCAGCAUUUAGCUCGCUCGUAAUCAUCGCUGUCUGAGCAGAAGUUUUAUCAUUGGCCCUGACUGUCAGAUGCUCUUCAUCUCAGGAGCUGUAUUUUUAGAUGCUUGAUAACAGAUAUAAGACCACUGCAGAAAACCAAACACCAGAGGACACUUCACAACAGAUCUCUGAUCACGAUGCUUCCUGCGGAGAUAGAGAAAAGGACCGAAACAGAAACAUCUCGACAUUCUUCAAGAUCUGCCCGGAUAAAGAGAGAGCCAUCGCCUUCUGCAAAAGAGAGAAAAACCAAAGCAGCCAAAUCUGUGAAGCUCCAAGAGCCCCACAAAAGAAAAGAGAAACUAGUAACGACAGAAGAAGAAGAAGAAGCAAAAGAUGCUCAGAUCAUCUCUAGCAGCACGGUUGUAAAUGUAGACAGUGUGAGGGAACGGAUAAAAGAAGAACGAGAGGAGUUAUUAGCAUUAUUGGAGACUGAGGGACCUGGAGAAGGCCUAAAGAAGAAAUACCUUGGAGUUUGUGAGCUGCUUCUCAUCGUUUUGGUCCUGUCAGUGGUCAUCCUUUUCUUACCGAUUUCAGUAUGGUUCUGUGUGAAGAUUGUGAGAGAACACGAGAGAGCUGUCAAAUUUCGCUUGGGACAUCUUUUGAAGAAGAGACCCAGGGGCCCUGGGCUGAUGUUUUAUCUCCCAUUUUUGGAUGUGUGUCAUAUAGUGGACAUUCGCUUGCAAAUACUGAAGAUUCCUCCUCAUAUGGUGGUGACCAAAGAUCUGGUGUGUACAGAAGUGACUGCGGUGUGUUAUUAUCGCAUUGAGAACGUCUCUGUGUGUUAUUCCUCCUUCGCUAGCAUUCCAGACGUGAUGCAGGCUCUGACACAAGUAUCUGUUCGAGAGAUACUGGCCCAUCAUGCCUUCAAUGACAUUUUGCUGGACAGGAAACGCAUUGCUCAGGAGAUUCAGGUCACUUUAGAUUCCGGAACCUGCAGGUGGGGUAUUAAAGUGGAAAAAGCAGAAAUAGAAGAGAUCAAUCUUCCUCCAGAGCUGCAACAUAACUUCGCUGUAGAAGCUGAAGCAAGACGUCAGGCACAAGUUAAAGUGAUCGCUGCAGAGGGAGAAAAGGCUGCAUGUGAGGCUCUGAAGGCAUCUGUAGAGUCUGUCUCUGGCUCUCCUCUGGUCAUGCAUCUUCGACUCCUCCAGCUCCUACACAGUCUACGCUCUGAGCAGCCCGCCGUGGUCCUCAACAUACCACCUGAUGUCCUGACCCAAUCCAUCGACCUCGCCAGUUUGACCAGACCUGCUAAUCAAAGCAUGACCACAUGUCACGGCUCAGAUGAUGGAACCAAAGACUCACCCAUGAUGUAAAGACAAUGUUACUGUUCAUUUAUAUGACUUAAGUUAUUUUUGGAAUUCACUGUAUUUCAAGACUGUACUGAUUAUUGGCUGAUAUUCUACAUUGUUUAAAUUUAUUGGUAUUGGUUGACGGAUUUCCUUCGCAUCAUCUAACAAUGAAAUAUAAUUUCAAGUUUAAUAGUAAAGUUUUCAAAAAAUAUCCUCUAUUUGUAACCUCUAAAGAACAAUCUCCUAAAUCAAAUAAAAAAUGUGCAUUAUAAAUAAAGAUACUGUAUCUCAAAA